AUGACCCAUCCAGUCUCCAACAGGUCUCCACCCAGUCUCCACCCAGGACCCACCCAGGACCCACCCAGGACCUAUCCAGUCUCCACCCAGUCUACACCCAGGACCCACCGAGUCUCCACCCAGUCUCCACCCAGUUUCCUCCCAGGACCCACCCAGUCUCCACCCAGGACCCACACAGUCCCACCCAGGACCCACCCAGCCUCCACCCAGGACCUACCCAGUCUCUACCCAGACUCUACCCAGGACCCACCCAGUCUCCACCCAGUCUCCCUCAGUUUCCACCCAGGACCCACCAAGACCCAUCCAGUCUCCACCCAGGAACCACCCAGGAACCACCCAGUCUCCAUCCAGGACCCACCCAGUCUCCACCCAGUCUCCACCCAGUCUCCACCCAGGACCCACGAGUCUCCACCCAGUCUUCACCCAGUUUCCUCCCAGGACCCCUCCAGUCUCCACCCAGGACCCACCCAGGACCUACCCAGCCUCCACCCAGGACCCACCCAGUCUCCACCUAGGACCCACCGAGUCUCCACCCAGUCUUCAUCCAGUUUCCUCCCAGGACCCACCCAGUCUCCACCCAGGACCCACCCAGUCCCACCCAAGACCUACCCAGCCUCCACCCAGGAGCCACCCAGUCUCCACCCAUCUCCACCCAGGACCCACGAGUCUCCACCCAGUCUUCACCCAGUUUCCUCCCAGGACCCCUCCAGUCUCCACCCAGGACCCACCCAGGACCUACCCAGCCUCCACCCAGGACCCACCCAGUCUCCACCCAGGACCCACCGAGUCUCCACCCAGUCUUCACCCAGUUUCCUCCCAGGACCCACCCAGUCUCCACCCAGGACCCACCCAGUCCCACCCAAGACCUACCCAGCCUCCACCCAGGAGCCACCCAGUCUCUACCCAGUCUCCCUCAGUCUCCACCCAGGACCCACCCACUGUAAUUAG